AUAGCUCUCCCCGUCUGCGUGCGCGCGGAUGCACUGGCCGCCAGCACGGAUGAAGAAGAUGCCAGAUGUCGGGACGCUCCUGCGGUGCUUGUUGCUCCUAGCGUCCGUCCCGGGUCCCGGCGAGGCGGCAGAGGUGUCGGUGUGGAGCAUGAGCAUCAACUCGACGCAGGAUGCUGUUUUCCGGAAGACCCUCUACGCCAACACCACCAUUUACAUGCGCUUCCGGAAUGAUUCGGGUGUGUGUGACAGACACCUGGCCUUCAACAUCAGCUGGUAUCUGCGCUCCUCCGCGUGCUACAACGAGGUCUUCAACACACCGAACAACAGAGCCAUCAGCAUGUUUUCUUUGGACCACAUGCUGAAGGACGGCUGGAGCGGCUUCUACAGUCAGGGCUUCAUGUACUUUGAGAACUGCUCUUCACUCUUUUUGCCAAAGGUUUAUUUUUCAGACUACAACCCUUAUCAGCUGCUGUCCAGCCCAGAGAGUGACUCUUCCAAUCAAACUCUGGCAUGGCCCGAUAAACCGGAUGUCAGCGCGGUUGCCAAAGCCUGGGAGGACAGCCCAUACCUGUUCAUCGUCAAGGUGCAGCCCAUCUUUCGGGGGGCAGAAGACGAUGAGGUCGGGGCAGAGAUCCCAAACUUUGUUUUCACAAUGAACGUGGAGAUGAGGGGGCCUCAUGAUUACUCCUCCCCAGCUGACUUUCCUCUCAUGAUAUUCUUCAUGGUCAUGUGCAUCGUGUACGUGCUGUUCGGGGCGCUCUGGCUCUUCUGGUGUGUCUGUUACUGGAGGGAUCUGCUGCGGGUUCAGUUUUGGAUCGGUGCUGUCAUCAUCCUCGGCAUGCUGGAGAAGGCCGUGUUCUACUCGGAAUACCAGAGCAUCCGAUACAGAGGAGACUACGUUCUGGGGGCUGUGGUCUUUGCCGAGCUGCUCUCUGCCCUGAAGCGAUCUCUGGCUCGAAUCCUGGUCCUCAUCGUCAGUCUUGGUUACGGGAUAGUCAAGCCCCGGCUCGGCACCACGGUGCAUCACCUGGUGGCCGUUGGGCUGCUGUACCUGCUGUUCUCCUCAGUGGAAGGUGUGCUGAGAGUGACCGGCGGUUUCUACGGGACGGUUGCUCUUUUGGCCAAUCUCAGCCUGUCCCUCAUCGACUCGUGCGUCAUGUGGUGGAUUUUCAUCAGCCUGUCUCAGACCACCCGCCUGCUGAAGCUGCGCAGGAACGCGGUGAAGCUCUCUCUGUACCAGCAUUUCACCAACACCCUCAUCUUCUCUGUCGUCGCCUCCAUCGUCUUCAUCGUCUGGACGACUAAAGUCUUCCAGCUGGUCGACUGCCAGAGGGGUUGGAGGAACUUGUGGAUCGACGACGCCUUCUGGCGCCUGCUGUUCUCCACCAUUCUGCUGGUCAUCAUGGUGCUGCUGCGACCUUCAGUCAACAGCCAGAGGUUCUCUCAUUCCCCUCUCAUUGAUGAGGAUAACGAAGAGGAAGAAGCGAAGGAGCCCAUGCUGAACGAAGCUUUUGAGGGAAUGAAGAUGCGAGGCUCUAAACCCGACACUAAUGGCUCCCAGAAGCUGCUGAGUAAAGAGGAUGAGGACCUGAAGUGGGUGGAGGAGAACCUCCCCAUAUCUGUGGCUGACGUAGCUCUUCCUGCCAUGCUGGAUGAGGAAGAGGAAAUCCUGAAAACCAAGAUGGAGAGGUCUAAAAUGGAGUAGACCAGAGGACAUCGGGAUGAGCCCAAACCACUUUUUGCUUCGUCACUGGUUCUGAGGGAUUCAUGGUCAGAAGGCCUCAGCGAGGAAAACAGCUUUUUUUGUUUGUGUUUUUUGCAGCGUUUCUUUAGCAGACAGAUGAAGCACAGCUAUGAUUCAGGUUAAAGGCCGUCUGAGCGGUUUCCUGUGAGCGAUGAGGAUGAAAGCCAUCAGCUGGCUCUGGACGAGCAGUGACGCUGCAGACCGACGAGAGGCACAUGUUAGUAACCCAAACCAGAGGAACCACUAACCUGCUGGAAAAGAUUCAGCCCGUCCCACAAACGCAAGCUCCGCCCAGACGUGACCUCACAGAGAAACUGCCUCUCAUGCCUUAGUCACAUGCACGCUCAGGGCUUAAGCCGUAUAGGUGCUGCAUGGAGGGUCGUAGGUAGGGGGAGCGCACGUAUGUGGCCACCUCAAGAGACGCCAUGAAAAUGGACCGUACCAUCACCAUGCAUAAGUGUAUCGUGAAGGAUUCCUAAAGAUAAUAGUAGGGCUGAGUAUUGAUAAUAGUUUCCCAAAUCGAUUCGAUCCAUGAUUUUUUUCGAUUCUUUCGAUCCACUAAACACAUUUUGAUUCAAUUAAAUUUUGAGUUUACACAUUUAAACAUAUUUGUUUAGAAAUACAUCAAUAAUCUACUAUAUGAUAGUUAUAAUAAUCUGAAGGUACACACUUCUGAUGGGGGCAGUCUGUUCGCCACACGUGCAUCUCAACCACUUCACCCAUUAACUGUAUACAUAGACAUGGACAGAGCCAGUGUGACAUCGCUCAAAGAAAAUGCCUUACCUCUCGCUCCAGCAAAACACAGUCAAUUCAGAAGUCAUUGUUCCACAAUACAGAUGUCAGCAUGUUGAAGCCAGACGAGAGUGACUGGUCUGAGUCACGUUUCUGUGGCAACUGCUGUCACCAAUCACAAGUGAGCUUGUUGGAAAGUCACACCCCUUCAGAAAACAGCGGCUCUGGAGAAUCUGUCAAUCAAACGUUUGAGGUGGGGGAGAGUGGACAUCACAUGCUCUCACUGAGGCAUCUGAUUGGUCAGUUUAUAACUUACAGUAAGGAAAAAAAUAUAAAAAAAUGAGUAUAUCCAGAUGAUGUUUGGUGAAAAGUAUCAGAGAAAGAACGUUAAUUCUCACUACUAUAAUCACUGAGUAAUACAUGUUUAUUGCUCUAUAGAAGUCUAUGGGAUUUUGGCUUCUUGAAACCAGCAGGUACUUCCUGUUUGGAACGCUGGGGGGCAGGUUCACUCAGUCCAGUUCUCAUAUACAGUCAAUAACGUCGCCCUUCCAUGUUUUAGUGUUUGCUAUAACCUGUCGCUCACAGCAUGCCCGUAGAAAAUGUGUAUGAACACUUUUGCUCUAUGGGUUCACCAACUGAUCUAUGACCUUAAAGGGUGACCAAACAGGGAAGUUGGAGGUUGACUCCGCCCCCACCCUGAAUUUGAAAAUCCAGCCAGAGGGGUGGGGCUUGGGAGCAGGACUGUUGUAAUUACCGGAGCUGCAGCUCAUGACUUGAGAUUUCUGAAACUUAAAUGGUUUGACCAAUCACGAAAUUUAACUGUAAUACCUCGAUUUGACCUGUAGGGGGCAGCACAUAGACGGUUUUAGACUAUAUUUUCAAGAAAUAAACUAUUUUAAUUGAUCAAAAAUUUGGCAAUGACCAACAGACAACACUUUUAAAGCCACAUUUAUAGACAUCAACAAAAAAGAAAUUCUGUUGAUCUCUACAAAGGAUCCUCUGGUUCACCUGUGGGCCCCGUUCAGCCCGUAUCCACCUGUGAGGGCAGUUGUGACUAAGGCAUAAGAUUAUUAAGAUAUCUUUGUGCGUCGAAGAAAGUGUUUCCCAGAAUAAAUCCUUACCGUUUUGUUCUUUUAUUCAACCAUGUUUUAAAGCGGAUUUGGUUCCAGAAGUGUGUCUUUAUGUGAAGUUGGGUUUAUUUCAUCUGCAUCCAUGAAAUCCACGGAUUAAUUUUUAUUAAGAAGCAUUUUUUACAUUAUUUUUAAAAGGGAAAAAAAUGUUUUUUUUCAUCUUUAAUAUAAAAAAUCAGUUUAAAACUUUACUUUUGUGAAAGUGUUUCCCUUAUCAACAAAGCAGGUUGUUAAACAGACAAAUUUAUAUUUAAUGAAGUGGUUUAAACAGAAUCUUUAGGAAUUCAGGAGACGACACUGUAAACGCUCAGCCGUCUGAACCACCGAGUGUAUCUGCUGAUUAAGACCGGAUCUUUCUCUGAGGUCUACAUACAGAACCAGCCCAAAACAUGGUCGCUGCUUCCUAAAAAUUACAGUCUAAAUCUAUUUCCAAACCUGAACACUGAUUGCAAGUAAAAUCAAACUUGUUAGUGUGGAUUCCUCCAGUUACAGGUGUGACCCGGCGCCCGAUCUUUAGAGAAAAUUUACAUCCUAAUUUAUUUUGUUGGGCUUUCAUGAUUCUGCAUUUAUUUAUAUUAAAAUAGGAAAAUUGUUGAAAAUAAUUUAUUUUAUUUGAUGUUGGUUUGAGUUGUCCUGUGUAGAAUCAUGAUGAUGAUGAUUAAAUAUGUUCUGCCAAUAAAACUUGUCAAAGGUUUUUA